AUGCGGCAGCUACGGCUUGCUGUAUGCGCUCUAGCUGUAACUACCCCCUCUUCAACUUUGGCUGCCGAAGAAAAUGCAUCAGUUGUGGACACCACUUUCCCGACCAGAUCCGGUAUCAAGAUUUGGGUCGACCCCGACACCCCCGAGGAUCGUCAAGCCUACGUUAGCUCGCGCGGAAGGCACUGGGACCUCGUCAUGAGCGACGAGUUCAACACUCCGAAUCGCAGCUUUCGCCCGGGCGACGACCACAUCUGGACGUCGAUCGAGAAACCCGACGGUGUAAACGGCGCGCUUGAGCUCUACUCGCACAACAUGACUUCGACCAAGUGCGACGACGACGGCACGUGCUAUUUCUUCAUUAAAUCCGUGGACGAAGUAAACAAAAUCCGCGUCUACAACAUGUACACGCACCCCCCGGGCUACGAAAGCGCCUACUUCUUCUACCGCUCAGCCAUGGUGCAGUCGUGGAACAAGUUCUGCUACCAAGGAGGCAUGAUCGAGGCAAGAGUCCAACUACCAGGAGCAGUCAGUCCCGAAUCCGGCAACCCAGACCUUGCAAGGGGAAAGAAUGCCAGGGUUGAAGACGGCAGGUUCUACCCGACUUGGCCCGGCAUCUGGAUGAUGGGGAAUCUGGGUAGAGCGAUCUUCUCCGCGUCCACGAACCGCAUGUGGCCGUUCUCCUACGAUAAAUGCGCCCCCGAACUAUUCGAGCCGAGCUACCAGCGUAUCAGCGCGUGCAACGACAACCCUGGCUACGAUCUCAACCCGAACCAAGGCCGCGGUGCGCCUGAGAUUGAUCUACUGGAAGGUGGGGGCACGUUGGUCUCGUCCUCACUGCAGAUUGGUCCUGGAAUGCCCGACGACUAUCGCACCUUCGCCAUCGAUUCGUCGACUUUGGACUCAUAUUCGUGCAUCUACGGCGCCAACUGCAAGACCAAGGGGGCCAACUACAUCGACGUCCCGACCGCGUACUACGCGAAACGCGGCCACAAAUCCUGGUACCAAGGACUGCGCUACGGCGCCAACAACUACUGUACCUCCAGUUCUGAUGAGAAGCAGGACUAUACUACCGUCGCUGCGUCCGUGAAAGCUGGCAUCACGGACAACAAGUGUUCAGCAGCUACUUGUCCCGCUUCGUUCGAUGUCAACGGCGAUCUAAGUCUCAUCGACGGCAAGGGCGAGGAUCACUGGGGGAUCAACUCCAACGGAACGUGCUACCCGCUCUGGAACGUCUACACAGGCGCCUACCUGUGCGACCCCGACAAUACUUACUACAAGUGUGCCACGCCACGGAAUUCCAGCACGCCGCAGUCGAACGCAAUGGGCACUUUCAACUAUCAAAUGGACGCCAUCUCGGCCAAUUGGCCCGUUCACCUCGGCGCGUACACGGACUUCGUCACGUACCAGCUCGAAUGGGUCACUGGUAAGAAAGGGUAUGUGCGCUGGAUGCUGCAGGGCAGUCCGCUGUUCGAGGUGCCGUCCGAGUCCAUUUGGGAUAUCCCUCAGAACAAGAACAAAACGAACCCGGAGAAGAUCAUGCUGGAGGAGCCCAUGUACCUCAUCUUCAACGUCGCUCUGUCGAGUUCGUGGGGUGCCACGCCUCCGAAUCCAGGCAAGGAUUGCCGCGGCGAUGGCUCUGACCCAGUAGUCAACAAGAUCUGCGACUCUUUCCCAAUGUACAUGAAGAUUGACUACAUCCGACUGUACCAAGACUUGGGCGACGACCUCGAGGACGACAACUUCAUGCAGGUUGGCUGUGAUCCAGGCAGCCACCCGACCAAGAAGUGGAUCGAGGCGCACAUCGACGAGUACCAGGACGACGACAAUUACCACAAGGAGGUGGCCGGCAAGGCCUUCUGCACUGUCGACGACGACUGCACCAUCGGCGGCGACUUGGGCAAAAUCACGUUGAAGACGGGCAAGUGCGUCAAGUCACGCUGUCAGUGCACGUACGCGACUUCGUGGGGCGGGCCCCGCUGCACGACGGCCAUUUCGUCGAGCGCAACUAGUACGACACGCACUUACACGUCCUCGAGCUCUUACGGUCCUCCGAUGAUGGUGUCGAUGGGGGUGGCCGCAUUGAUCAUUUUCGCGAGCGUCGUGUCCGUGGUCUGGUCGGCCAGGAAAGAGGCCAAUUGUGCACUGGAGCUCAUCAAGCAGGUGAAGACCGUGGAGGGCAUGCGGCCCAGUCCUCGUGAAGACGUGCACUUGCACCAGGUCCGACGCCCCUCGGACAGGAGAUCGAGUAGAAGAUUGCCAGACAACUACAGCCAGAACUUCGUCUAA